AUGUCCACGAAACCCAUAACACGAGUCGCCAUUGUUGGAGCCACCGGUCGCAUCGGCGGAGCCUUUGCCCAGUCGCUCUUGCAAACUGGCCAGCAUACAGUUACAGCCCUCACCCGUGAAGGCAGUCAGGGAAAACUUCCCGAUGGAGUUCAAGCCGUCCGAGUUAAUUACGAUGAUGAGCACUCACUUAUCAAAGCUCUGAAUGGCCAACAUCUUCUUGUCAUUACUCUGAGCGUCCGAGCGCCUGAAGACCUUCAUGGUAGGAUUACAGCAGCCGCCGGAAAAGCCGGGGUCCCCUACAUCAUGCCCAAUGCGUACGGGUACCCCAUUAGUCCCGAUAGCGGGAAGGAUGAGGAUCCAGUUCGAACGAGCGCUCUAAGUCGAAUAAACGAGGCCCAAAAUGGUGUCUCGUCCUCGUUGAUCCUGCCGUGCGGUUUCUGGUAUGAAUGGAGCCUGGCAUGCGGCGAACAAUGGUUUGGUUUUACGAUUAAAGAUCGAAAAGUGACCUUUUUUGACGACGGCGCUCGAAUCCUUAGCGUCAGCACAUGGGACCAAUGUGGUCGCGCGCUGGCCGCUCUCGUUAGCCUGCCAGAGUCAGGAUCAACCCCUGCGCUUGCAGAUUUUAAGAACAAGGAAGUCCGGAUCAAUAGCUUCCGCGUCUCGCAACGCGAUAUGCUUGACAGUCUGCAUCGUGUUCUAGGAACCACAGACUCUGAUUGGGAGAUCAGUCAUGAGAGUGUCGCUAAGCGUCUUGCGGAUGGGGCUGAGGAGUUGGCGAAGGGUGAUUUUAGAGGCUUUGCCAAAAUGCUAUAUGGAAGGGUAUUCUCACCGACUAACGAGAUGGGCGAUUUCGCAGGGACGAUGGAAUUGGCAAAUGAUAUAUUAGGACUGCCUAAAGAGGAAUUGGAUGAAGCGACUCAGAGGGUAGUUGAUAUGGUAGCUGGAGGGUGGACCCCGUUUCCUGGGAUGUAA